AUCCGUCUCAGCCUCACCUCGACCACUCUCUCCCAGAUCUUCACCAACCUUCUUUGUAAACAAAGAAUAAUCUCUUGUGCUUUGUUGAAAACCAGAAGAAGUCAAAGCUGUAGAGACUGUUUCCUUGCAUAAUUCUAAUUGUAAAUCUUUGGAACCUCAGAAGAUUGAAACAACAUUUUCAUCUCACCUCUUAGGCAUUUCCAACUUGAAAAGGAAUUAUACUAUACUACAUUAUUUUCCUUUUUUCCUCCUAUAAAUCUGCCUUGUGUAGAUUACAUCGAUAAAAGAGUAGUACAUCGUUUAAAUUUGAUAUAUAAAGCAGCACAUCGUUUCUGUGAUACAGGGAAAUCUGAACAGAUGAACAGCCCGGACAAUGAGACACUGAUCGACAGCAAAAUGUUUGUUUCCAGUGGAAUGCAAAUCAAAGAAGCACUACAUAUGCAGCUAGAAGUCCAGAGGCGUAUUCACAAGCAACUAGAGAUUCAGCGAAAAUUACAACUGAGGAUCGAAGAACAAGGAAAACAACUGACCAAAAUGUUUGAACAACAACAACAACAAAAAACCACCAGGAGCCUCAUGUAGAUGCGAAACUCAAGCAUUUCAUCGCGAUGAUGAAGAUUUCGUUAUAGAAAGCUUCGAUAAUUCCCAUUUUCCAUCUAAAAUUAGUUACUAUGACAUGUAAACAACAUCAGGUUGACAUGUUCUUUUCAGUUAACUGCUACUAUUUAAAAUAAAGUUGAUCAUAUUAGCACU